CGACGUCCGACAGCCGAGGGAAGACGUACGUCGUGCUAUCUAAGCAGAUCAAGAGGUGAUCCUUGUCAGAAGUCCAGCAUUUCCCGUAGUGAGAGUGUUCUCAGUGACAGUUGAUCGUUCUUGAACUUUCCUCGGCAACGAGUCGUGCGUGAUCUGCCGCCCGACAUGGAAACGCAAAGCGAGAAACGAAGGGCGCAGCGCGAGUUUUGAAGAAAUCUCUGGAAGGCAGAUAGAAAAGUAGGUGACGAUGCUUCACGGCGCUCUGCCGCGGGCCUUUCUGGCCCCGGGUCUCAACUACAUGAGCUAUUACAGCGAAGAGAUUCAUCCUACUUACGCUGCGCCGCCGACCACGUGGCAUAUUCCGAUGGAGGACCCGUCCUCGCCGAUUUAUUCGCGGAUCCCACCAGCCGAUCAUCAUCAUCACGCAUCAUUGUCAUGGGAGUCCUCAAGGUCUUCGACGCCGUGUCCAUUGGACUUGUCCUUGAAGCCACCACCGACGCCGAAUACCCCGAAGACGGAAGAGAUGAUCGAAGUGGGCGACGAAAAGGAUCUCAGGAUCCGCGAGGAAGUCCAGGCUCGUCCCGAAGAUCGUCGAGACAGCGAAGAGGAUCAACAGCUGGUUGUGGACGACCUGGACACCGUACGAAGCUCUUCGGCGCAGAGUCAUCAGAGCCAUUACGAACGACUGAUACUUAAUAAAGAAUCGCCUCGCUUCCACGACUCGAUUGUUGAUAAGCUCCAUCAUCUUCCCGAAGAGAGUACUCGAUUACCGCCGUAUCCCGGAAGUGAGCUCGCCUCAAAGUAUCACUUGCACAGUCAGAAGCUCCUCUUGGCAAGUCCGACGCACUUACAAUCGAUGCAGGGCUAUCAUCAGCAGUUACUUUUGACACCACAGCAACAUCUUCAGAGUGUACACGCACCUAUGACUCCGCCUAGCACACCGUCACCGCCUCAAUGUCCCAGAAGACGAGUCCGGGAGGAAGAUCUGGUAUCACCGUCCUCGGGACCACCCGGCAGCAGCGCCUCCUUGUCGACUCCGAAGCAGACCAGCAAUGAGAAGUCCGCCGCUCAGAGACCGAAGAAGAAACACGCCAGGCGGCUCAAAUUCGAUGAGGAUACAAGCAGCCCGGUUUCGGGCACUGUCAUCCUGGGUCCAGACGAGGCAGUGGUAACCGGUGACAUUGAUCCCGCAUUUAAUAUCGUCGAGGUCACGGAGGAGGCGCGCGCCGAGCUGGCUAAGAUCGAAAAUCGGCUCGGACCGUAUCAGUGCAAGCUCUGCCGGCAGCUUCACGAGGACGCCUUCCAGCUGGCGCAACACCGUUGCUCUCGAAUCGCUCAUGUGGAGUAUCGUUGUCCCGAGUGCGACAAGCGGUUCUCUUGCCCGGCCAAUUUGGCGUCCCAUCGACGUUGGCAUAAACCCAGACUACCCAAUGCCGACAGUUCCGCGACGUCGUCGUCCACGUCAUCGUCAGGGAACAACGCUGAGAUCCCGUGCACCAGGUGUGAGGCCAAGUUCACGCGGCAAGCUGCCCUACGUAAACAUCUCGCCACUCAACACCCUGAAACCAACAACAACGUCAGCAACAGCAAUAACAAUAACACUGGGGUCGAUGGCCAGGAAACCAUCGGCAAGCCAGACAUCGCCCAGACAAUCCCGACAAGCCAGCUGACCAGCGAGAUGACUUGACACCAAUUUCCGGCAAGACCCCUGCCGAGACGACCCGGGCUCUACUGGAGAUUCGGCCUCGAUCUGUAAGAAGCGAUGACAUUUUUUCAUUCAUUCAACUGAUUCGGUGAUUUUUGUAACGAGUAUACAAUCAAAAUGCUCAGUACGCUCUUUCUAGAAUAUAUUCUAUAUGUAGAGAAGAUCAUUAAUUAACUUAAGGGUUCCUCUACAUAUAAUAAGGGAAGAAAAAGAAAAGAAAAAAAGCAUAUGAAAGAGUAGGAGCAUUAUUGUUAUUGUUAUUAAGAAGGGACACUUAAUAUGUACUUAUUAUUACAGUUUAUUUUAUCUUGUUAUUGUUUAAUUUAUUGUAUUCAUUUUUGUUUUGUUUUAUU